UCGAAACCCGGAAGUAGCCGACACGGUUUGGCAGCAGAGCUCCAGCUGUCAGUCCUCUACCGACCUGUGAGUUGUGUCGUUGUGUUGUUAAAGAGGACAGACGUGCAUGUGAAGCUGUUGUCGAGAAAAACGUGUUCACAUUUGGAGUUCGGAUCCAUCUGGAUGUUGAGCGUUCGGACUCUGUUCGGGAUCGGCUUCCUGGUGACCUCGAGAGCCGCGGCUGCCUUCGCUCAGACCGGGACAUGUUCUCUGUCCGCUGCAGCUAAUAAUCACAAGAAGGACUGUUUGAGCAGCAGAGCGGCGUCCACCAUGGCCCAGACCAUUAAAUAUCUCGGGCAGGAGGAGGCUCAGCACAUCGAUGAGGAGCUCUUCAGCGAGUACGGCUUCAGCGUGGACCAGCUGAUGGAGUUGGCCGGGCUGAGCUGUGCGACGGCCGUCACUCGGGCGUAUCCACUCACGUCUCUGGUGAAGUCCAGACCUUCUCUGCUGGUGAUCUGUGGACCCGGAAACAACGGCGGCGACGGUCUGGUCUGUGCGAGACACCUCAAACUGUUUGGCUACGAGCCCACCAUCCUGUACCCGAAGAGGCCCAACAAGCCGCUGUUCCAGGGUCUGACCACGCAGUGCCAGAAGAUGGAGAUCCCCUUCCUCAGCGAGAUGCCGGAGGCCGAGGUGGUGGACGAAGCUUACAACCUGGUGAUUGACGCCAUCUUUGGCUUCAGCUUCAAAGGCGCCGUCCGGGAACCUUUUGGAUCGAUUCUGGACGUACUGAAGAAAACCACAGUCCCCGUCGCCAGCAUCGACAUCCCCUCAGGUUGGGACGUGGAGCAGGGCAGCGCCGACGGACUGCAGCCCGACACGCUCAUAUCGCUCACCGCCCCCAAGAAGUCCGCCGCCAUGUUCAGGGGCCGGUACCACUUCCUGGGAGGCCGGUUCGUCCCGCCGGGCCUGGAGAGGAAGUACGAGCUCAACCUGCCUCAGUAUCACGGCACAGACUGUGUGCUGCAGCUGUGAAGGUGACGGAAGAAACAUCUGGAAAACAAGCUGGACGAGAGCUUCAGCAACACCUUCAUGUCUGAAGUGGAACCUGAAACAAGUUAGCUUAGCUUAAUGGAAAAUGGGGGGAACGACGAGCCUAGCGCUCUUGUAAAUGUAAAAGUCACUACAUGUGUAAUUUUUAACUGAUUGGUAUCGACAGUAAUAAAGGUCUGAUCCUCUGUUUACGUCCGCCGUCAAGCAGGUUUCGUAAAUUUGAAUGAUUUUCUAAAGAAAUGCAGCCUGAUCGAUCAAUACAUGGGUAAAUUAUAAUACAAAUAGAAUGCACUAGAUAUUUGUUCUGUUCUGAUAUUUUUGUUUUCAAGCCACAUCUAAAAUGAAGCUACAGUAAGCAGCCGGUUAGCUUAGCAUGAACACUGGAAGCAGUUAGCCUCACUUUGUGCAGAUUUACCUGGACAGAGCUGCGCAGCUUCCUCCUGCUUGCAGUCUUAAAGCUAAGCUAACCUCGCAGCCAGUUAGCUCAGCAUGAACAGCAAGUUAGCCUAGCAUAAACACUGAAAGAAGGGGAAGCAGUUAGCCUUGCUGUGUGCUGGUGUGCAGAUUUUACUCGACAAAGCUGCACUGUUACCUCCUGCUUGGGGUAUUUAAGCGAAGCUAACCUAGCUGCCAGUUAGCUUAGCAUGAACAGCCAGUUAGCUUAGCAUAAAUAAUGAAAAAAGAGACGCAGUUAACCUCACUGUGUGCAGACUUUCAUGGACUGUUUCCUCCUGUUUUCAGUCUUUAAGCUAAGCUAACCUCGCAGCCAGUCAGCUUAGCAUGAACGCUGGGAAAGGGAAAGCAGUUAGCUGCACUCUGUGCUGGUAUGCAGAUUUACUUGAACAGAGCCUCGCUAUUUCUCUCUGGCUUGCAGUCUUUAGGCUAAGCUAACCUAGCAGCCAGUUAGCUUACAAUGAACAAUGAAAGAAAGAGAAGCAGUUAGCCUCACUGUGUGCAGAUCUGCUUGGACAGAGAUAAACUGUUUCCUCAUGCACGCAGUCUUUAAACUAAGCUAACCUAGCAGCCAGUUAGCAUAGCACGAACACUGUAGGAAGGGAAAGCCUUGCUCUGUGCUGGUAUAUUCUUGAACAAAGCUAUGCUGUUUCCUCAUGCUUGCAGUCUUUAGCCUAAGCUAACCUAGCAGCCAGCUUAGCAUGAACAGCCAGUUAGCUUAGCAUUAACAGUGGAAGAAAAGGAACCAGUUAGCCUCACUGUGUGCAGAUUUUCUUGGACAGAGCUACUGUUUCCUCAUGCUUGCAGGCUUUAAGCUAAGCUAACCUAGCAGCCAGUUAGCAUAGCAUAAACACUGCAGGAAGAGAAAGCCUUGCUCUGUGCUGGUAUGCCAAUGUUCUUGGACAGAGCUACACUGUUUGCUCAUGCUCGCAGUCUUUAAGCUAAGCUAAGCUAAUCAGCUGCUGGAUGCACAAACGUGAGAGCGCUAAAAUGCGUCAUUUAAAUCUGGGAGUCUGAUCAGUCGUGGGUGACAUAUUUACUCUGCUGUUGUUUCUGGAAGACUUUUCUUCAUGUGAAAGAACUUGAGCUUCAUCAGCUAAUGAAAAAUAUGACAAUAAAAAGUUAUCACUGUA